AUGGGCGCCUUUGGGGACCGCGUCAUCGUUUACAGUGUUGACGCCUCCGACCCCCAGCCCUUCUCCAGCUGGGAGGCGGGCAUUGACGCCGGCCAGCAGUGGCGGGAGGUGCGGCUGAACUCGAGCCUGAUAAUUCGGGUGCCGUCAUUCGGGCCUGGCGACGUGGCGACGGUCCGGAUCUGCAGGUGGACUGAGCGCAACGAGACCAGCUGCAACGACGGGUUGGACAACGACUGCGACGGCCGCACAGACAGCGAGGACGCCGACUGCCAAAGCCCAGCACCGGCGCCCAUAGGCGGCAGCGGUGACGUCGGCGGCGGCGGCGGCGGCGGUGGCAGCAGCAGCAGCGGCAGCGGCAGCAGCGGUGGCACUGGCAACGGCGCCCCUGAGGCGGGGCCGAGCUCCUCCGGGCUAGGGGGACUGGCAAAUUGGCUGGGAUAG